CCAUAUGAUGGCUCGUCGAGAGCCCUCGCAACAUCUGCAACCGGCUGAAUUUGUGAACAUCCCACGCCAGAUUCUGUGCAUAGCACACGACGAAAGAACCGGGCCCAUGUUUAAUGGUCUUGUUCAUGACGGACGCAGUUGGCGAUGCCUUUUCUUCCAGCAUUCCGAAGUCGAGCUGAGCUCUAUCCUGGACAGCGCUGGGCUGGCUCUGGAGAUGUGGAUCUGCGCGGACAUGUUCGCCUCUAUACUGGGGCACUGCGCCAAAUAUAUGGGCCAGAGGACGUUAUGUCCCAAUUGGCUGUGGGCAAAACUGAAAGAUGUCCAUGGCACUCAGCCUCGAGACCCCAAGGCAAGUGUGGAGACGAUGCUAUCGACGAUUGGUCACGCUCCGACGUGCGUGGUUAGAGGGGGUGGUUGGACCCAGAGUCGCUUGGUCCAGGUGUGGAAAUAA